UUAAACGGCGCUCUGCUCCUGCAGGUCCAGCGGACCAUCGCCAAGCAGAUCCAGAUGGUGCGUCAGAUCGGGAAGGGCCGCUACGGCGAGGUGUGGCUCGGCCGCUGGAGGGGAGAGAAAGUGGCGGUCAAGGUGUUCUUCACCCGGGAGGAGGCCAGCUGGUUCAGGGAGACGGAGAUCUACCAGACGGUCCUGAUGAGGCACGAGAACAUCCUGGGCUUCAUCGCUGCGGACAUCAAAGGUUCUGGCGCCUUCACGCAGCUCUUCCUCAUCACAGACUACCAUGAGAACGGCUCCCUGUACGACUUCCUGAAGGUGAACACGCUGGACGCCGCGGCGCUGCUGCGGCUCGCCUACUCCGCCGCCUGCGGCCUCUGCCACCUGCACACCGAGAUCUACGGCACGCAGGGCAAGCCGGCCAUCGCCCACCGGGACCUGAAGAGCAAGAACAUCCUGGUGAAGAAGAACGGCACCUGCUGCAUCGCCGACCUGGGCCUCGCCGUCAAGUUCAACAGCGACACCAGUGAGGUGGACAUCCCUCUGAGCACCCGGGUCGGAACCAGGCGCUACAUGGCCCCGGAGGUCCUGGACGACAGCCUCAACAAGAACCACUUCCAGGCCUACAUCAUGGCCGACAUGUACAGCUACGGCCUCGUCGUCUGGGAGAUGAGCAGACGCUGCGUCACCGGAGGUAUGGUGGAGGACUACCAGCUGCCAUAUUUCAACAUGGUGACCUCUGAACCCUCCUAUGAGGACAUGCUGGAGGUGGUUUGUGUUAAAGGCCUUCGGCCCUCAGUGUCCAACCGCUGGAACAGCGACGAGUGCCUUCGAGCCAUGCUGAAGCUGAUGUCGGAGUGCUGGGCCCACAACCCCGCCUCCCGCCUCACCAUCCUCAGAGUGAAGAAGACUCUGGCCAAGAUGGUGGAGUCCCAGGACAUGAAGAUCUGAAGCAGAUCCUCGUCUUCCUCCUCCUUCCUCUGCUGCCUCCAGAUUCACCCGACUCACUCAACCUGGACCGGACCCGACCGGACCGGAGCGCUUCUCCCAGGCUGCCUCCUUCAUCUGCGGGAGGAAAAGGAGGAGAAACGGGGAGAUGGAAGGAGCUUCUCAGAGCUGAACUGUGUUCCUCCUCCUCUUCCUCCUCGCUCUUCAUCCAGAUGACAGCCGGGCUCGACGCUUUCUGUGAAAGCCAAACGAGACGAUAAAAACCCUGAACUGAGACGAGAUGAGCGGAGAGAAGCAGCCCAGUUUUCUUUGUUUCUCCUGCCAUCAAGGAAUUUCUCUCCAUCUCCCAGCAGCUUCUUUCUGAACCGACUCAGAGCCUCUGAGGAAACGUGGAAAUAAAUGUUUUAAUGCUGAGCUUCACCUGGGAGCUCUGGAGUCCAGGUCUGCCGUCCUGUUUCUCUGCCCACUUCCUGUCAGUUUCUCAGUCAGAUUCAUGGGGGCGGGGCUUCAGAUGAAGCUCCACCCAUCAUCUGAUCAACACAGGAAGGGACAGGAGUUUGAGAACCAAUCAAAUCAAAGAAUCCUGCAGGUUUUCAUCACAAAGUCAGAAUCAAAUCUGAAAGUUUGAAUUGAGUUGAACUUCAAGGAACCAUCUGCUCCCCUCUGAUGGAUGCAUGUUGGAUUUGUGAUGUGGUCACAUGACCUGUGUCCUCUGUGGGUCCUCCAGCCUGCAGUUCGACCACCACAGACCCUGGAGCCCGUCGGCCUGGUUCUGCUCCGUUUCACAGAUCAAAUUUCCAGACACUCCAGAAGGUUCUGAUCCCUGAACAGAAACCUGUUUCUGCAGCUCUGCUAACAGUUUCCCUCCACUUCCAGUCUUUGUGCUAAGCUACGCUAACAGCUCCCUGAAGCUGAAAAUGUGGGACUGUCCCUUUAAGUGGAGCAGCAGGACGCUGUGGUCGCUGCAGCUCAGUGUAAAAAUAAAAGGCCAGAAUAGGAAGAAGCUCUGAUGUGGAAAUGUUUCCUGUUGUUCUGUUGUUGUUUGUCCAGCUUCUGGUUUGUUGCUGCAUGAGUUUAGCAAGAAAAUGAAAAACUGCUCUUCAGUCUGUCCACGUUAGCAGUUUGGAAGUAAAGAAGCUGAUUUUAGUCCAAAAA